GGAGCCGGCAGCGCCCUGGGAGCGCUCACUCGCUCACAGCAGCGGCCUUGGGACUGGCUCUGCUACCUCUGUCCUGUUGGGCAAGCUCACUCACCGCCUCCCCAGGAGCCACCAGCUUCCUGCCAGCCCCGCCACCCGCCCUGCUACUGCCCACCGCCCUGGCCUGCCACCCAGUGGCUCCUCUGUUGGAAAGGUGGCUGCCCCUUGUGUUCCUCCAUCCAGCCAUGAACUGGUGCCCAUCACCACGGAGAGCGUACCCAAGAAUGUAGUGGAUGUGGGGGAAGGAGACUGCAAGGGUGGAAGCUCUCCCAGAAGCCUCCAGGAGGGCGACUCCAUGAGAGUUUCGCCAAGCAUCCACCCGCAGCCACAGCCUGCCAGUCUCUCUAGAAACAUGAGUGUGAGCCGGGCCAUGGAGGACAGCUGUGAGCUGGACCUGGUGUAUGUCACCGAGCGCAUCAUCGCUGUGUCCUUCCCCAGUGCGGCCAAUGAGGAGAACUUCCGCAGCAACCUCCGUGAAGUGGCCCAGAUGCUGAAGUCCAAACAUGGGGGCAACUACCUGCUCUUCAACCUCUCUGAGCAGAGGCCUGACAUCACGAAGCUCCACGCUAAGGUCCUGGAAUUUGGCUGGCCUGAUCUGCACACUCCGGCCCUGGAGAAAAUAUGCAGUGUCUGCAAGGCCAUGGACACCUGGCUCAACGCAGACCCCCACAACGUUGUUGUUCUCCACAACAAGGGAAACCGAGGCAGGAUUGGGGUUGUCAUCGCGGCAUAUAUGCACUACAGCAACAUUUCCGCCAGUGCUGACCAGGCUCUGGACCGGUUUGCAAUGAAGAGAUUCUAUGAGGAUAAGAUUGUGCCCAUUGGCCAGCCAUCCCAGAGGAGGUAUGUGCACUACUUCAGCGGCCUCCUCUCUGGCUCCAUCAAAAUGAACAACAAGCCCUUGUUCCUGCACCAUGUGAUAAUGCAUGGCAUCCCCAAUUUUGAGUCUAAAGGAGGGUGCCGGCCAUUUCUGCGCAUCUACCAAGCCAUGCAACCUGUGUAUACAUCUGGCAUUUACAAUAUCCCCGGAGACAGCCAGGCCAGCAUCUGUAUCACCAUUGAACCAGGUCUGCUCCUGAAGGGAGACAUCUUGCUGAAGUGUUAUCACAAGAAGUUCCGGAGCCCGGCUCGUGACGUCAUCUUCCGGGUGCAGUUGCACACCUGCGCCAUCCAUGACUUGGGGGUUGUUUUUGGGAAGGAAGACCUGGAUGAAGCCUUCAAAGAUGAUCGAUUUCCUGAUUACGGCAAAGUGGAGUUUGUAUUUUCCUAUGGGCCAGAGAAAAUUCAAGGUAUGGAACACCUGGAGAAUGGGCCUAGUGUAUCUGUAGACUAUAACACCUCGGACCCCCUCAUCCGAUGGGAUUCCUACGACAACUUCAAUGGACAUCGUGAGGAUGGCAUGGAGGAAGUGGUGGGUCACACUCAAGGGCCACUGGAUGGGAGUCUGUAUGCCAAAGUGAAGAAGAAGGAUUCCCUGAAUGGCAGCUCAGGGCCUGUCACUACUGCACGACCUGCCCUGUCAGCUACUCCCAAUCAUGUGGAACACACAUUGUCUGUGAGCAGCGACUCCGGCAACUCCACAGCCUCUACCAAGACAGACAAGACUGAUGAGCCUGUUUCUGGGGCUGCCACUGCCCCUGCGUCUCUGAGUCCUCAGGAGAAGAAGGAGCUUGAUCGCCUGCUGAGCGGCUUUGGUGUAGAUAGAGAGAAGCAAGGCGCCAUGUACCGGGCUCAGCAGCUCAGGCCCCACCCAGCUGGGGGCCCAACCGUGUCCUCUCCCAGCCGCCGCAUCGUCCCAGCCCAGGUUCACGUCAACGGUGGGGCUCUGGCAUCUGAGCGGGAGACGGACAUUCUGGAUGAUGAGCUGCCCAUUCAGGAUGGGCAGAGUGGGGGCAGCAUGGGCACGCUGUCCUCCCUGGAUGGCGUCACCAACACCAGUGAAGGUGGAUACCCAGAGACUCUGUCCCCACUGACCAAUGGUCUGGACAAGUCCUAUUCCACAGAACCGAUGCUCAAUGGUGGAGGCUACCCCUAUGAGUCUGCCAACCGGAUGGUACCCCACAGCAGUCAUUCGGCCCCCAUUCGGCCCUCCUACUCAGCUCAGGAGGGAUUAUCUGGCUACCAACGCGAGGGACCCCAUCCAGCCUGGUCACAAGUGACCAGCGCCCACUGUGGCUAUGACCCCAGCGGUCUGUUCCGAUCCCAGUCCUUUCCAGAUGUGGAGCCCCAGCUGCCCCAAGCUCCAGCCCGUGGGGGCAGCAGUCGAGAGGCUGUGCAGAGGGGCCUGAAUUCUUGGCAGCAACAACAGCCUCACCCACCUCCCCGACAGCAGGAAAGAGCCCCCUUGCAGGGUCUUGCCAGCAGCAAGCCUAGCCCCCAGCUAUCAGCAGAAACACCUAUGUCUACUCUCCCAGAGUUCCCGAGGGCAGCUUCCCAGCAGGAGAUUGAGCAGUCCAUUGAAGCCCUUAAUAUGCUGAUGCUGGACUUGGAGCCGACUUCAGUGGCUGCCCCUCUUCAUAAGUCCCAGAGUGUCCCUGGGGCCUGGCCAGGGGCUUCCCCACUUGCCUCCCAGCCCCUUUUGGGCUCUUCCUGCCAGUCCCACCCACUGACCCAGUCCCGAUCUGGCUAUAUCCCUAGUGGGCAUUCCCUGGGAGCCCCGGAGCUGGUCUCUUCUGGCAGGUCUUAUUCACCUUACGAUUAUCAGCUGCGUCCAGCUGGAUCCAACCAGAGUUUCCGUCCAAAGAGUCCAGCCUCUUCCGUCUUCCUUCCGAGCCCCUAUAGUUCUGCGGGGCCUCAAGAGCCCCCAACCUCUCUUCCUGGUCUCGUCACUCAGCCUCAACUCCCACCAAAGGAGACUACUUCAGACUCCUCCCGAACUCCAGAGGAAGAACCACUGAAUCUGGAAGGACUGGUAGCCCACCGGGUAGCAGGGGUUCAGGCUCGGGAGAGGCAGCCCGCAGAGCCCCCAGCCCCACUGCGGAGGCGAGCAGCCAGUGAUGGACAGUAUGAUAACCAGUCUCCAGAGGCCACAUCCCCCCGUAGUCCUGGGGUCCGCUCCCCCGUUCAGUGCGUCUCCCCUGAGCUGGCUCUCACCAUUGCCCUCAAUCCUGGAGGGCGGCCCAAAGAGCCCCAUCUGCAUAGCUACAAGGAGGCCUUCGAGGAGAUGGAGAGGACCUCCCCAAGUGGCCCGCCAUCCAGUGGGGUGCGCUCUCCUCCAGGUCUGGCCAAGACACCCCUGUCUGCUCUGGGUCUGAAGCCCCACAAUCCAGCUGACAUCCUCCUGCACCCCACAGGUGAGGAAGGUGAGGGGGAGGAGGUGACUCAGCCUCCAGAAGUAAAGACUCAACCACUCCAGCCAAAAGCCAAAGUCAAAGCCAUCUGGAAUCAUAGGGCAAGCGGCCUAGGGGAGCCCCGGAGCUAUGUGGAGUCUGUGGCAAGGACAGCGGUGUCAGGACCUCGAACUCAGGAUGUCGAGCCCAAGAGCUUCAGUGCCCCGACUGCCCACGCCUAUGGGCAUGAGACACCCCUGAGGAACGGGACCCCGGCUGGCUCCUUCGUCUCCCCCAGCCCCCUUUCAACAAGCAGUCCCAUCCUCAGUGCUGACAGCACUUUCGUGGGCAGUUUCCCAUCAGGGGGGAGCAGUGACCAGGGUCCACGGACACCCAUCCAGCCCAUGCUAGACUCCAGCAUCCGCUCAGGCAGCCUGGGGCAGCCGAGUCUGGCAGCACUCAGUUACCGAAGCUCAUCACCGGUGCCGGCUGGCGGCAGCAGCUACAGCAGCCCUGACUACUCCCAUCAGCCACUCAGCUCUACUCCCGAGAGCCAAGCCCAGCCGCAGUUCAGUGCGGCCACCGUCCACACGGUGCCUGGGAGCCCUCAGGCACGGCACAGGACAGUGGGCACCAACACUCCACCUAGCCCUGGCUUUGGCCGGCGGGCUAUCAAUCCCACCAUGGCUGCCCCUGGCAGUCCUAGUUUGAGCCACCGGCAGGUGAUGGGCCCUGGUUUCCAUGGUAAUGUGGUUUCUAGCCACCCAAGCAGCACAGCGACCACGCCUGGAAGUCCCAGCUUGGGCCGGCACCCAGUGGGAAGCCACCAGGUUCCAGGCCUCCACAGCAGCGUGGCCACCACUCCGGGAAGCCCAAGCCUGGGCCGACACCCCGGGGCCCACCAAGGAAAUCUGGCCUCCAAUCUCCAUGGCAAUGCAAUCAUCAGCCCUGGGAGUCCCAGCUUGGGCCGGCACCUGGGUGGAUCUGGAUCUGUGGUUCCUGGAAGCCCCAGCUUGGACCGGCAUGCGGCUUAUGGAGGCUACUCUACUCCCGAGGACCGACGACCAACACUGUCCCGGCAAAGCAGCGCCUCUGGCUACCAGGCUCCUUCCACACCUUCCUUCCCUGUCUCCCCUGCCUACUACCCUGGCCUGAGCAGCCCUGCCACCUCACCCUCACCAGACUCAGCAGCCUUCCGGCAAGGGAGCCCUACACCAGCCUUGCCAGAGAAGCGGAGGAUGUCUAUGGGAGACCGGGCAGGCAGCCUCCCCAACUAUGCCACCAUCAACGGGAAAGUGUCCUCCUCACCCAUUGCCAAUGGAAUGUCCAGUCCCAGUGGGAGCAGCACAGUCUCCUUCUCCCACACGCUUCCAGACUUUUCCAAGUACUCUAUGCCAGACAAUAGUCCCGAGACACGGGCUAAAGUGAAGUUUGUUCAAGACACUUCCAAGUAUUGGUACAAGCCUGAGAUCUCCAGAGAGCAGGCCAUUGCACUCCUGAAGGAUCAGGAGCCAGGCGCCUUCAUCAUCCGUGACAGCCACUCCUUCCGAGGGGCCUAUGGGCUGGCCAUGAAGGUGUCCUCGCCCCCUCCAACCAUCGCUCAGCAGGGCAAGAAAGGAGACAUGACCCAUGAGCUGGUGAGGCACUUCCUGAUAGAGACCGGCCCCAGAGGAGUCAAGCUCAAGGGUUGUCCCAAUGAGCCAAACUUUGGCUCCCUGUCUGCUCUGGUCUAUCAGCACUCCGUCAUCCCACUGGCCCUGCCCUGCAAACUGGUCAUUCCAAGCCGAGACCCCACAGAUGAAUCAAAAGAUAGCUCGGGCCCUGCCAACUCAACCACCGACCUGCUGAAGCAAGGAGCAGCUUGCAAUGUGCUCUUCAUCAAUUCUGUGGAUAUGGAGUCACUCACCGGGCCACAGGCCAUUUCUAAAGCCACAUCUGAGACUUUGGCUGCUGACCCCACGCCAGUUGCCACCAUUGUUCAUUUCAAGGUCUCUGCCCAAGGAAUCACACUGACUGACAAUCAGAGAAAGCUCUUCUUUAGACGGCACUACCCCCUCAAUACUGUCACCUUCUGUGACCUGGAUCCACAAGAAAGAAAGUGGAUGAAGACAGAGGGAGGCGCCCCUGCUAAGCUCUUCGGCUUUGUGGCCCGGAAGCAGGGCAGCACCACGGACAACGCUUGCCACCUCUUCGCAGAGCUUGACCCCAACCAACCUGCUUCUGCCAUUGUCAACUUCGUCUCCAAGGUCAUGCUAAGUGCUGGCCAGAAGAGAUGAAUCCUGGAGUCCUUGCCCAAGGCUGGGGCACUGGGGAUGGGGCGUGUGGGAGAGGGGACCUGUGAAUCCUGACCACCUUAAAUCCAGAAAGAGGACUUUUGGGUUGACUGUGGAGAAGGCGAGUAGGAAGUGCUUCGCCACUGGGGAGAGGGAUGCGAAUGGUGGAGGGGAGGGGAAAGGGAGGAGGAGAAAGCAAGGAUGGAAGAGAGGAACUCAGACUCCCCUGUACAGAUGGAAGCCACGCCUCCCAAAGCCUCUCCAGCUAGCUCCCCUCCCUCUCUGAGAGAACUGAGCUCCCACAGGGAACACACAGGCCUCUUUUGGUGGUGGCAGGGGACCAGAUUUCACAGAGCAGCAACAAAGCUUGUUCUCCCUACUCUCCUGCCUUGAGAGAAGAAGCUGAACCUACUUCUCUGGAGGUAAGGUUGGCUAAACCCAGUGACCAGCGUGUGACAUCAAGCGGUGAUACUUUUUUACAUUUUGCUCACCUGAGGCACCCAUGGUCUGUGCUUGCUCUGACUUCUUGUUGCAGGGUGUAAAAUGCGCCCCACCCCCACCCCGCUCCCCGUGCACUGAUCACUGAUCGAUACCUGCCUCUAUCCACUCGAAUUACAAACAGCUCUGCUUGUCUGUGACCCUUGUGAUACACACUGACCAAAGAAGGCUAGGGAUAUGGGGUGGCAUGGCGCCAGGGCAGAGACAAGCUGUCUCCUGAAGGAGCAUAGCAUUAUGGGUAGCAGAGUCCCCUCUCUGUUCCGACAACUGCCCUCUAAUGGCCCUGGGGGCCUCCAGUCUGUCCCCUGUAGCGACCCUGGUACAGAGGGCAAAGCCCACCUGCUGCAUUAGCCUUGCUCUGUCUCCGAGACUGAAGCUGGGUUGGAGGAAGAAGCGAUGCCCUAGGUCUUGGAAAAGAUAGCGGUUAGGGAAGGGUGGCAUCUUUUCUUGGCGUGUGGAGAGUUGAACAUGCGCACUGAUAGUGUCCAGCGCUAAGUUGGGCAUGCGCACUGAUAGUAUCCAGGACUCUGCCUUAUUCCCUUCUUACAGUCCGGUUCCUGGAUCGGGAGUGCCAGCACUAGCUUUGUCCUUGCUCACCUGCUUGAGGCCUACUGGGGGUCGGGAGCUGUGCCUUUCUGACCUACCCUGUCCUAUAUAGUCCUUCUGUUGGCUUAUCCCAGGAGCCUGCUGCCCAGAGUCCUGCCCAGGGCACCUGGGGAGGCCCGGAGCCCUGUUUUCCUCCCUGUGUUUUGGGGUCUGAUGGUUGCAGAUCCCUUUCUGGCUGGGCUGCCCAGGGUGACAUCAGAGCACCUCUGGGGAUGCUGCUGGAGAACCAUGUGGUCCUCCUACAAUGCCAAAGCUUCCCUGUUCCCCUUCUGCCUCAGUUUCCCCAGCAGAACCGUGUUCUCUGUGGGACAGAGGACAGAAGGUAUGAAUUUAGGCCAAAGGUCCUAUGGUCCAUUUGUGGGGUUGGGAAGGCCCCUGUCACCGCUCAGGCCUCCAUUUAAGCCCAUGGGGGUCCCUAGGGGUGGUAUUGUACUGAUAUAUAAAUAUAUAUAAUAUAUACAUGAGACAUACUGAUAGAAUCUGUAAGCUAAUAAAAAUAUAAGAAAAGGUUAAAAAAAGAAUAGGUAAAUUGACAAGAAAUAUUUAUUGUUUUUCCCCAUAUUGCUUUAUUGCCCCUGGCCACAAACUGUUUCCUUUUCUUUCCUAAUUUGUAAGUGGAGCCUGAACUGCAGUGGGGGUCUUUAUAUCCGGCUCAGUCUGGGACUUGGGGGAUAACGCUCUGGCUGCUUAGUUUUGGCCAGCAGUAGCCGAGCUGCCAGCAUCCUGGAUGUGAGGACGGCUGCUUCCAUCGCCCCAGGUCUGAGCCAGCGUGUGUUUGGGAUGCAGGUGUAUGGCCGUGGUGUGUGCAUCUCUUGGAUUCCCCCCCCCCUUACGGGGGAGCUUUGACUGUGUGGCACUGUUUUGAGGAGUUGGAGAAAAGAGUAGGGAUCAUGGGUAGAGGCCCCUUUGGGUCCCGCUUCCCAAAGAAUAAAUGGGCUCAGUGAUCAAGCUCCUUCUAAAGUGUCCUUCCCGCUGAGGUGUUCAAGGCCAAUGCCUCGAUUACCAUUCUCUUCAAUCCCCAAAUGAACCCCACUUCUUCCCAAGUUAGAAGAAAAAUUUUCUCAUCCCCCUUCUUUGUAAAUACCCUCACCCUGCUGCGCAGUCCGCGGAGGCUUCUCCCGGCUGGAACGUUCGCGUGAGUCUUUGAGGAACGUCGGAGCCUCUGCAGCCUGCCUUGGGCCAUCCUCCAGUCUGCCUCGAGUCUGGGGUCAACCUUCACACGUGGUUUCACCUUCUCAUGCUGCACCCAGGCCCAAGCCAUGUGUGAGUCAUGUGAAGGACUGAGGUGGAUGCUGGGAAGUGGGUUCCUCCUUCCCAGCAUGCCUGUAGAAGGAAUGGACACCUGAGUUUGACUUUUUUUGGAAGGAUGUUGGAGAAGGGGCUUCAGUUCUUACACUGGGAACCGCACUGUAGUCUGCCCUCUUCCUCACUGUGAUUCUCACCGGUGGGCCUUGCACAUUCAUGCACGCACACACAUGCGCACACACGUGCACACACACACACACAGACCACACGCACUCUCACACCUCCGUAUGCAACCUAUUCUUGCCAAAGAUUUCCUUUAAACAAGAAUGCUUUCUUUUUUACCCAUUGUUUUUUGUGAGUGGUCUGUUUUGUUGUUCUGUGUAGUUGAGUCUGUAUGUCAGCAGGGAGAGUGCUGUCUGCUCUUAACCGUGAGUGAAGGAGGAGUAAGGAAGAUGAACAUGGCAGCCUGUGAUGUCAUCAGCGGGACCCCUCAGCUACAGCCCAGGUCCAUAUUGCCUCUGGCAACUCAGAAGAUUGUUGAGGUUGGCCAGUGGCCUCAACCUCCCAGAUUAUCUGGAGGUGAGCUGAUUGAGCCAGGUUUAGGGGAAGGGAAGGCCCCCAUAUUUCUGGGGGUAAGGAUGAAGAGCUGGGCUAGAAUACACUAGACAGGUGGCCCCUAAGGGAAGUCUGGGAAAAACUAAUAAUUGGAUACUGAGAUCUCUAUUGUUCUGCUGUGGGUCCCUGGCUCCCUUGUCCAGCUUUGUCUGAGGAACGAAUUCACAUUUGAGGUUUGGAGUGGAUGUUCUCUGGCAACUUAGAUAGCUUUGGUCACGAUUGCCAGAAUUUCUGGUACACCCUGGCUUUGGAGAGUCCCUGGAGAUACCUGUCUCGUGGUGUAGGGAGGACACUGUGGCGGUGUGCCCCUCUAGAAAGGGGCUGUCAGGAGAGGGAGAGACCCUGCUCCAGGCCUGACUAGGGAUGAAACAGGUUCCUUGUGCUGUCUGGGAAACGCAGGAGAGACAAGUCAGCGAACAGCAUCCUUCCUGCUCUGGAUUUUCUUCUCCGUCCUACCUCCCAGGGUUUCUGGCCCUCUUUCACCAGCUUCAGAUCUAGGGGAGAUCCAUCUAGGGGAGCCAACCCUCUCCUGCCUCCAUGCCUUGGGUCCUAGUGGACCCAAAGCGAGGGCCACCCCUGCACGUAGGCCUUGGCAGAAGAUCUCGAGAUUGGUGUUUCCAUGGUCCGUGGUGGCAGGACGUAUGUAUGUGUGUGUGUGUGCAAGUGUGGGUGUGUGUGCAUGGUUCGCUCUCUUUAGGGAGCUUCGCGUGGGAGAUGGAGGUGGUAGAUGGAGGGAGGGAUGUCAAGUUCAGUGCGACCCAGUAGUGAGAAGAACCAGGAGGUGAGGCCUGGUGGCCCAUGGAUUAGCAGUGUUUUAGUGCUGGUAACGGAGGGGAUAGCCACGCGGGAUAAGGCUCUGCAGGUCUCUUCCUUGCUGUCUCCUGUCUCCUCAAAGGACUGAGAAGUUGGAGGGUCUCAGUUGGUUUCCAUGCCUGGGCCCCUCACGGCAGCAAGGCCAUGGAUGUGCGGCACACCCAUGCAUCUUCCCGUCAGUGUUCACAACCCAGUCCUCCCUGUGAACCCACAUUUGGCUCGUAUGUGUGUGAGCACAUUGGGGUGUGCAUAUGGUAUCUCCCCCACUUUCUUCCCUUCUUUCAUUCAAAACAAAUGUAAGAAGUUCCUUAUAUACUGUUAUCUCAACCCUGCCCCCCCCCAGGCCCUCUUCUGGGAGACCCAUACCCAGAGUCCAUCUUCUGCUCCCUACUCCAGCCCUCUGCCCCCUGCCCCCUGCCCUCUGCUGUGUAUUUAUAGAUGGAAAUAUACUUUAUAUUUUGUAUCAUUGUGCCUAUAGCCUCCGCCACCUUGUAUAAACCCUGUUGUAUGGCAAGCGUUCUGGAUCUGAAUGUAUUACACAGAAGCUACCCGCUCUGUACAGCCGCUUGUCUCUUACAAUCAUUGUAUGGCUUUAUAAAUGAUACCGAGAAACACGAA